AUGUCUACACCCGUUGAGAUUGUUUGGAAGUCACUUCCUCACCCAGAGCAACACCCCGGAUUUAGGUCCAAGGGAUUCCAUCCCGGAAAAGUCACCAGCCUUCCCAAAGGUCACGUGAGGCAACCUGGCUUUCAAGCAUUUCCAGUUGAUGUUACUUGGGAGCAGGACUGUGCCAUUCCCAUGCGAGACGGCAUCAAGAUUUAUGCCGACGUGUUCCGACCCACCAAUGGCGGGAAGGUCCCGGUAAUCAUACCUUAUAGUCCGUACGGUAAGGUGGAUACCGGCGUGACCACUUACGAUAACAUGGGGCCCUACCGGAUGGGUAUUCCAUUCCAACGUCUUAGUGGCUACGAGACCUUUGAAGGCCCUAACCCUGCGGAAUGGGCUGAAAGGGGAUAUGCCGUGGUUGAUGUUGAUGCUCGGGGGUGUGGUUACUCCGAAGGAGAUGUGGUCUUUUGGGGCCUCCAGGAGGCCGAGGAUAUAUAUGAUACCAUUACUUGGGCAUCUGAACAGCCCUGGUGCAGCGGAUCUGUUGUUCUGGCUGGAAACUCCUGGCUCUCCAUAGCGCAAACCAAUUUUGCGUCUCGCUUCGUUCAUCCCGCCCUCAAAGCCAUCGCUCCGUGGGAGGGUCUGGCAGACUUCUAUUCAGAGCAGAUCUGCAGAGGUGGAAUUCCCCGCCCUCUCUUCUCUAGCCUGAUUCAAAACUCGUUUGCUGGCUUAGGAAGAGUCGAAAGCGCAACUGAUAUGCUUUCGAAUCACCUGCUCUAUGAUUCAUACUGGGAGAGCAAAAGGGUCUGCACGAAGAAUAUUCGUGACCUACCAGUAUACUUUACAGCUUCGUACUCGACGGGACUUCAUUCUAUCGGAUCUUUCGAAGGGUUCAAUGCUGCAAGCACUGACAGAAAGUGGCUUCGUGUACACGCAUCUCAAGAAUGGCAUGACCUAUAUACCCUCGAGGCGAACAAUGAUCUUCAACGUUUCUUCGAUUUCUAUGCGAAGGGCAUACAAAACGGUUGGGAGCUAGAUACCCCCAGAGUUCGAUUGACUCUGCUUGGCUACGAGAACAGCCCAGCGAAGACGGUUGUUGAACGGCCUGAGGCUCAGUGGCCACCCGCAAGUCUUCGAACCGAGAAAUUUUUCUUGGAUGCUGCCACGAAGUCUCUUGCUGCCUUGAAUCCGAAGAAUGCUGCGGCUGUCUCCCAUGAAGGACAUUCCUUGACGGAUUCAUCGGAUUUUAAGUUGGUAUUCCCACAGUACACAGAGCUGUGCGGACGGCCUUUUAUUCGAAAGAUCUCCGCAUCAGGCGAACCUCUUGAAUCUUUGAACUGGAGCCCCAUGCCUCAACCCCAGCCAAAAGUGCCCAAUGUGAACGUGGCUAAGCAUCUCGGCCCACAGGGUAUGCUUCGUGCCUCUCAUAGAGUAAGUCUACAGCCGCGAGGCAGCGAGGCAGAGCUUCCCUCUUACGAUCAUCGGACACGAAAAGCCAUCACACCUGGGGAAAUUGUGGAGCUAUUGAUUCCUAUCGCACCCAUUGGUAUGGUAUUUGAAGAAGGCGAAGGAAUGUUGCUUAAGGUUUCGGGCCACGAUAUGUCCUAUCCGGAAGUUGAGGCAUUGGCUCCCAGCGAGCCUCAGGACGAAAACAUUGGCCAGCAUGUUAUCCACUCGGGAGGUGACUAUGAGAGCUAUUUGGCUCUUCCAAGAAUUGCAUGA